AUGUUUCAAUUAGGACUGGGAUCAGCAACUGCAGAGCUCUUUGCCCAGCAUGGCGCAAUCAUUGCAAUCAGCGACUUGGAUGAGGGCAAAUCUCGAGAAUUAGUUGAGAGUCUCCGGAAGAAUGACACAGAGGCAGAAUCGUUCUCCGGGAAUUUGAUGGAUCCAUCUUACCCCGAAAGGCUUGUGCAAGCUGUCAUUGCGAGAUUUGGGAGAAUCAACUGCCUCGUCAAUAACGCCGGGUUUUUAAAUGACAGGCAAGUGUUGCAAAAGCCUCAGCCUCAUAUACUUCAAAAAACUAACCGCUCGUGCUCACACAGAGCAAUUCACAAGAUGACAGAUAGCCAGUGGGAUUCGAUCAUCCAAAUCCACAACUCAGUGCCAUUUCGUAUUGUACGGGCAUUAUCGAGUCAUUUCAUGAGCCCCGAGACGGCAAACAACCGCAAGGUAGUGAUUAACAUCUCAUCAUCUUCUGGGGUUCAUGGCCAACUCGGUCAGUUAAAUUACUGCACUGCAAAAUCCGGAGUUGUUGGGAUGACGAAGGGUAUCGCUAGGGAAUGGGCACGGUACAAUGUCCGAUGCAAUGCUGUUGCCUACGGCUGGAUGGACACUCGCAUGACCCGCCCUCCUGAGCCUGGACAGGUAUUGAAAUUGGAUGAAACCGAGAUUAAAAUCGGAGUGGCAAAGAACGCUACGAAAUUCAGGGACACUUCGGACAUUCCUCUUGGACGCCCGGGAACUCCAGAGGAGGCUGCCGGAUGUCUCCUCUUCCUAGCAAGCAAUCUUUCAAGCUACGUGACUGGCCAAGUCCUGGAAUGCAAUGGAGGUCGCUUCAUGUGA